AUGAGUAAAUUACGAAUUGCAAUUAUUGGUGCUGGCCCAUGUGGCCUUUCACAAUUAUUGGCAUUUAAACAAGCUGAAGAAGAACAACAAGUUGAACUUGUUUGUUUCGAAAGACAAUCAGAUUGGGGUGAGUUAUGGCUUUAUUCAUCUCAAAUUGGCAUAGAUGCUUACGGUGAACCAAUUCAUUCAAGCAUGUAUCGACAUCUUUGGGCAAAUACACCAAAAGAAGUCAUUGAAUAUCCUGAUUAUACAUUUUAUGAUCAUUUCGGUUGUUAUCUUCCAUCAUUCUUACCACGUGCUGUUAUCUAUGAUUAUUUUAUUGGUAGAGCUAAGGCUAACAAUCUUCGACGAUUCAUUCGUUUUAAUACAGUUGUGCGUUAUGUUGAUUUCGAUGAUAAAAACAAUGAAUUUUCUAUCGAUAUUGAAGAUCUUCAUACUGGUUCAAUGGAACGAAUAAUGUUUGAUCGUGUUAUUGUAGCAAUUGGACAUUACCAUAUGCCAAACAUGAUUAAUAUCGAUGGAGUAAACCGAUUUCCGGGUAGAGUUCUGCAUUCACAUGACUUCCGUGGUGCAGACGAAUUUGUGGGUCUUAAUUUGCUAGUUAUUGGUAGUAGUGUGUCUGCAGAAGAUAUUGCUUUACAGUGUUACAAAUUUGGUGCUCGAUCAGUAACAAUCAGUUCUCGUCAUGCACCCAUUGGUUUGAAAUGGCCGGAUGAAAUUAAAGAUGCACCGAUGAUUGUUCGUAUGGAAGGACGAACAGCUCAUUUCAAAGAUGGGUCCAUUAUGGACAACAUCGAUGCUAUUAUUUUUUGUACGGGCUAUCGUCAUUAUUAUCCAUUCAUGACUGAACGAUUUCGUUUACACUGUGGUGUAACUGAAUUUUUUCCACCAAAUCUUUAUAAAAGCAUUUUUUGGAUUGAACAACCGUAUCUUGCUUAUUUAGGUGCUACAAGAUACAUAUAUUCAUUUCCUAUGUUUGAUAUGCAAGCUGCACUUGUACGUGACGUCUUCCUUGAUUAUGUUCAAUUGCCCAGCAAAGAGCAAAUGCAAACAAAUGUGAAUGAAUGGAAAACAAGAGAAAAAUCACUGUUAUCUACCGAUAUUCUUGGUUUGAUUGAUUGCGAAACUGAUUACAUGCGUGGUCUACUUGCUUUAUUACGGACACAUCAUAAUAGUCAAUCUUUAUCGAAAUUCGAUUUUGAUAAGGCGAAAAAUUUGGCAAAGAAAUAUUUAGAAAUAAAAUUAGUAGACGUUGUUAAUUUUCGUGACGCAUCUUAUGAAUCUGUCAAUGGUACGAAAAACAUGAAACUCAUCGAAGUUGGCAAGCCAUGGGUAAAAAAUAUGGAUGAUUCAAUGGAAACUUUCUUAAGCAAUUAUCAACAUUGA